AUGUUGGAAGAGAUGGUGUUGCAUAUCCUAUCAAGAUUGCCUUCAAAAUCUCUAAUGCGAUUCAAGUGCGUCUGUAAAUCGUGGUAUACAGUGAUCAACAAUCCCAUGUUUGUAGCAAGGCACCUCACCAAUUCGAUGCACAACAAACUGUCCACUUGCAUCCUUUUCAAACAUUUUGUCCAGAGCGACACUAACACUGGUGAGAAGGAACUUAGAUUCUCGUUCCUUUAUCUUUGCAACGAUUAUAUUGAUGAUAAGCCUAACGUCAAUACUUUCGUUGAGGACAUCAAAUUUCCACUUUCUACGGGACAAUUUAUUGGGCUCAAGCUUGUAGAGUCUGUAAGUAUUAGAGGCCAUUGUGAUGGGAUAGUUUGUUUAUGUGACUGUGGUGGCAACAUUAUUUUAUGCAAUCCAGCAAUCAAGGAACUCAAACUUCUUCCGAAAUCAUGCCUUCCAAAUUGGGGGUACUCUAAUGUGAGUAUUGGAUAUGAUCCCAAAUCUAAAGAUUACAAAGUUCAGAGAAUUUCAUGUGAUGGUGAGGAAAUUUAUGGUGACCGUCUUGUUUUUUUUCCUCCUAGAGUUGAAAUAUACAAUCUCAGUACUGAUACUUGGCGAGAGAUCAAAAGUAAUUGUUUACAAACAGAAGCAACUUUCUUAUGGCCCGAAGAUUUCGCAGUGUAUUGGAAAGGAAUAUGUUAUUGGUUGGGGGGGUAUGAGCAACCGAAAGAAUUCGAGUCUUACUUUGAUAGACUUGAGGAUGAGAAAAAGAAGACAGUGGUCUUUUUGUUUGACACGGGGGAUGAGGUAUUUCAUAGUAUAUUACUUCCAGAUUGCGUAUAUGAGCCACCAGAAGAAUAUCGUUAUGAUAUGAGCGUUGUACUGUGGAAUGAAUCCGUCGCUCUGUUCGGCUUAUAG